GUGAUUAUCCAGCUCCUCGCGCUGUUCUAACUGGUCAUGACCAUGAAGUUGUCUGCGUGUCGGUCUGUGCAGAGCUGGGACUCGUUAUCAGUGGUGCUAAAGUUAAUGGAAAACUCUUAGCUCAGAUGGAGAUCAAUGAUUCAACCAGGGCCAUCCUCCUGAGCAGCGAUGGGCAAAACCUGGUGACAGGGGGAGACAACGGUGUAGUGGAAGUAUGGCAGGCCUGUGACUUCAAGCAACUCUAUAUUUACCCUGGCUGUGAUGCUGGCAUAAGAGCUAUGGAUCUGUCUCAUGAUCAGAGAACUCUGAUUACUGGCAUGGCUUCUGGCAGCAUUGUAGCAUUUAAUAUAGAUUUUAACCGGUGGCAUUAUGAACAUCAGAACAGAUACUGAAGCGGAACGAAGAACUGAAAGCCCAGGUAAAGCUGAGAGCACAAGUGCUGCAAUGAAAGGUGUAGUCUCUGGUGGAAAACCACGUCUGCAUUGACCUCCGUUGUACAUUCCAUUACACCCAGCAAUAGCUGUACAUUGUAGUCAGCAACCAUUUUACUUUGUGUGUUUUUUCACAACUGAACACCAGCUGCUGAAAAGCAAGCUUGUAUCAUGUAAAUUAUAUGAAUUAGGAGAUGUUUUGGUAAUUAUUUCAUAUAUCUUUGUUUAUUGAGAAAAAGGUAGUAGGAUGCGCCACAAGAGACUUUUGAAAAUUCCGGGGAACCUUGUGUCCAGUUGUUUCAAUGUUUAGGCUUUAAACCUAACAUGCAUCCCAUCUCCAGCCUCUUUUCAAGCUGAGAUUAAAAAAAAAAAAAUACGUUUGAUACUUUGUACAUCAGAUGCACAUCUUAACUUUAAAGGGAUACUUUUGUAAAAGUAAAACCUUGUAUAAAGAACAAAACUGUUUCUUAAUUUUAUUGUGGAGUUACAACUUGCAUGUACUUUAAACCUGAUGUCUUGAAGGAACAGGUGCAUUCACACAAAUCAAACUGGAGAUCUGUCUAAGGGUACAGCUUGCGUUAAAGGGUUGAAUUUGGGCGCAAACAGUAAUUUUGACAUUUCCACCAACCUGUGUUUUUCACUUUUUGAAUCUAAACUUUACCCAUCUUAAGUGGAGUUCUGGUCAUGAAGCAUUUGGAUAAAAAGCCAUCAUUUGCCAUGUUUAUACUUUCUACAAUAGAAAUUAUAUUCCUCCCUUUUAAAUUCAAAGACUAGACAGAAAGGGAGCAAAGAGGGAAGUUCAGUUUAAUGCUUUGUAAUGCUUAAUGACUCCCAAUACAGACAAAGUGCUAUACUUCUGGAUUGUUAACAUUUGGCAUACAAAUCAUGGGCAAGAGAACCCCCAGUGAUUUUUUUCCCUUAUUUUUCCUCUGAGCAGCUUGGUUUAUUUGACAGCCUUAGCUUCAUUGUAGAGGUGAGUGAGGUUAUUCUUUUUGGUUCAUCUGAAAAUCUCACCCGAAACCACUCAGACUAAGGCACUUCAUGUUUUACAAUACUGCAAUGAUAACUCGGAAUAAUUUUCUGCACAUUGUACUGAUCAAAUUACACACCCAGGGGUAUAUACACUUUAAUUCAUGUUUCUUCUUUGUAUAUUUGGUGACUGUAUUGUCAUAGAUGUACAUAUUGUGUCGGUAGGGCUAUGAGGCAUGUAACAGGAAUGUAAUUUUCUCAGAAUUUACACUCACUUGCAGUCAUUUAUUUAAAAAGAUAAUGGAUUCUUUGUAUUGGCACUUUGCACCAGAAACAUAUCAUUAUUUAUUGAUGUGAUUACUUAUUUGUUAUCCACCUUGUAUUAGUAAGUUUAGCACUGAAUUUCCUUCUUCAUGGUUGUUUGUAUUUAUGAUUCGGAAAUCAUGGGGAUCAACCUAAUGAUUAAGUUAUUCAUCACCCGUCUGUAAGCAAUAUCUUGAGUUCGUAGCUUAGAAUUGGGAGACUAUUGAACAUCUGGAAGACAAGUUCAUUUCAUCUUGAGAUCAUGGUGAAAUAUUUUGGAUAUAUAAAUUCCUUAAGCUAUUGUAACCAUGUUUUAUUGCAAAGAUGUAAAAUAUGCCAGAUGUGUGUGAGUUGGAAAUCAAAAAGAAAAAUAAAAUAUGCAAAG